UCAAUCGUACCCUAGAUAGAGCCAAAAAAAAUAAAAAUACCUAGCAUAGAUCUAUUUGUUGCGUAACCCGCCGCUGCAGGCAGCCCAAAUCAUCCGCCCUUCUUGCAAGCAUUGCUAUUUGAUUUCACGGUAAUCUUUUAGAAUCUGCUUUGUUUGUUGUUGCCUUGUGAGUCAUACGCUAUGUCAGAUCAAUUUUCAUAUUUUAAUGCUAAGCAAAUUACAUGGAUAGUGAAAAUUGUGUACAACAGUGAAGGUGAAGAAAAAUCAGACUUUUUGGCGGGUGGAUUUAGCAUAGAUGGUGCUGCAAUUCAUCCAGAGGGUGGUGGGCUCAUUAUGACAUGUGCUCACAGUUUUAAAAGAGGACUCAACUAUGAAAUUUAUGUUCGUAGGCUGGAUCAAGAUACCUUUUAUCCUGCUGAUGUGAUAAAAGAAAAAAGUGAGUGGAACAUUUUUCUUUUAAAGGUCAGAGGGUACUCCGAAAAUAUAUUUAGAGAUUUUAUCAACAAUGGUGAUCUACAUGUUGGGCAACCUAUUUAUAUGAUUGGCUCUUUUUUAAAUUUUCAUGCGUCAUUUAUAAAUGGCAUGGUGGUUUUUCCAUGUGACAAUGGUGCUAGAGUUCCACUUAAUGGCCAAAUUUGUGGAGAAAUUUCUCAAUUUGAAUGGUAUACCCAAGAUACUUAUAGAGUUAUGGGGGACAUGAUGGACAGAGUGAAUCGGAAUGUUUACAGACUAGUGUUUUCUCGUCUUCCUGUUAUUCAAUUUGAAAGCAACUUUAGCAAAAGUGGUGCUCCCAUAUUUCAUUCGACUGGAGAAAUUGUGGGAAUGGUGAUAGGUCCAUACUGUGGCAAUCUUAUGAUAGGUGUACACGUUAGUGUAUUAAGAAAAUUUGUACAAGAUCUGAAAGAUCAGUGAUCUAAAUACCUCGUGCAACAGGAUACAAAUGAAGUUUCUGUCCUUUUUUGUUGGCUUGGCUUGGAAAGCAUUUACUUCACCAGCAAGAUUCUAAAGAUGUUUUUAAUUGGUCUCUUUCCUUUUGGUUUCUUUAUGAGUUAAUGAAUGUAAAAGUAAACCGGUUCAGUUUCGGUUUACUGUAGUUAUUUUUCCUGUAUUUCAACUGAAACUCUAGAUUAUUAUUGCCAACUGUUUGUCAUUUUUAUUCUUGCUUUAUCAUGCAAUGAAAAUGUACAAUUGAUUGCUAUCUCUAAAUUUGGUUUAGUUUCAGUUUGUAA